AUGUGUUUCUGCAACUGCGAAGUGCAAAAAAAAGGUCCUUUAGCUUUUGAUGUGGCAGAUUUUGAUGGAAGCUUACCAUCUAUUCUACGAAAUCCAUAUUCAUGGACCAAGGUCGCCAGUAUUAUAUUCAUAGAUUGGCCUGUUGGUACCGGAUUUUCGUAUGCAAACACUUCACAAGGUUAUUCUUCCUCAGACUCCAAAUCUUCAAAAGAUAAUUACACAUUUCUCAGGAAGUGGUUAUUGAAUCACCCAAUGUUUAUCAAAAAUCGUCUAUAUGUUGCGGGUGAAUCUUAUGGAGGCAAACUUGUUCCCAUGAUUGUGAUGGAAAUAUUACGAGGAAAUGAAGCAGGACUUGAGCCACGAAUGUCCUUCCAAGGAUACAUCAUCGGCAAUGGACUAACAGAUCCAAACAUUGAUUAUAAUGAACGAAUUCCAUAUGCUCACCGCAUGGCACUUAUAUCAGACGAAUAUUUUGAGUUAGCAAAAGUUAGCUGUGAUGGAAAGUAUUACAAUCCUGAUCCAAAUAAUUUGCAAUGUCUUUAUGCCCUUCAAUCUAUCCAAGAGUGUAUAAACCAAGUAAAUCCACCCCACAUAUUGGAACCAAAAUGUAAAUACAUAGCACCAAAAUCAGAUGAGUUUGGAUGGGCUCAAACAUUUCAAGAAGAUGAUUCGAUUGACCUCCUCGUUCUCCCAGCAUCUAAACAAGAUCGACUGUGGUGUCGCCCUCAAAAUUAUCUAACAUCUUAUGUUUGGGCAAAUGAUCCGACUGUCCAAGAAGCUCUUCAUACUAGAAAGGGAACGAUAACAGACUGGACAAGAUGCAACCACAGCUUAUCCUAUGAAGAGGAUGUAGAAAGUGUUCUUCAAUAUUAUAAAAUUUUCAGCAAGAAAGCAUUCGAAGUUUUAAUAUAUAACGGAGAUCAUGACAUGGUUGCCCCUUAUAUGGGUCCUUUAAAAUGGAUUCGCAGUCUCAAUAUGACUGUUUUUGAAGAUUGGAGACCGUGGAAUGUUGAUGGCCAAGUCGCAGGAUACACCGAGAAGUACAAGAAGAAUGAAUUCUUUCUAACAUUUGUUAUAGUAAAGGGUGCAGGUCAUACAGCAGCAGAGUACAACCCUAAAGAAUCGCUUGCGAUGUUUCACCGAUGGCUCUCUAUACGUCCUUUGUAG